AUGGGUCCAGUAACUGGAAUGACUCCAGAUAAGAAAGCUGAAACGCCGGGAGCAGAGAAAGCUGCGGGGCUACGGCAUGUCCAAAGAAUGGGGAGCUUGCCGGAGGCUGUCGACGCCGCUCGGCCAAAGGCCACGGCGGUGGACAGCGAACUGGCCGACGACGAGCUCACCAACUUGAACUGGCUGCACGAAAGCACUAACCUCCUAACGAACUUCAGCCUCGGAAGCGAGGGCCUUCCAGGGGUGAGUCCUCUGUACGACAUUGAGGGCGAUAACGGGCCGUCUUAUCCUUCCUCCUGCUACUCCAACCCCGAGAAGAAAUCCGCCACUUCGAAGCCCCCCUAUUCCUUUAGCCUCCUUAUCUACAUGGCCAUCGAACAUUCCCCCAAUAAAAGCUUGCCGGUGAAAGAGAUUUACAGCUGGAUCCUGGAACGCUUCCCCUACUUUGCCACGGCACCCACCGGCUGGAAGAACUCCGUCCGGCAUAAUCUUUCCCUCAACAAAUGUUUCCGAAAGGUGGAGAGAAGCCAUGGCAAGGUGAAUGGGAAAGGUUCUCUAUGGUGUGUGGAUCCAGAGUACAAACCGAACCUUAUACAAGCUCUGAAGAAGCAACCGUUCCCCUCUGCGUUUGCGUUUUAUACCCCUCCAGCAUCGCCACUGAGUGGUUCAUCGUCUCCUCGCUACUUAACCUCGGUUCUGAAACAGAGUCAGGGUCGACCUGUCAAAGAGUCUGAUAUCGAUGCUGCUACUGCCAUGAUGCUCUUGAAUACUUCUAUUGAACAAGGCAUUUUAGACUGCGAGAAGCCACAGACCCUGAAGCUGCCCAAGAAAAGGAACUACAGCAGCACCUGCCACAGCCACGGCACGGCCAGCCAGGAGGAGACCGAUUCCGCGGCGCCCAGCAUCGACCCCAAGGAGGACCACAACUACAGCGCCAGCACCGUGGCCUCGCAGCGGUGCGCCUCGCUCUCCAGCGUCUCUUCCUUGUCCUCCAUCGACGAGGUGUACGAAUUCAUCUCGGAGGCCAGCCGGGCGGGAAGCGACGACAGCGAAGGGUUCCACAGCGAGGCGGACACGGACGGCGACGAGGAUGACGAAGAUCCCCUGGCGGAUAGCGGUUACACUUCACAGCUGCAUGGUGGCGGCGGCUCGGACAAGGCCCAGCCUCGCCAGAAAGCCCUGGAGGAGCUCUGCCAAGAAAUCGACGAGGAACUGAAAGAGGCUGCGGGGUCUCUGCUCCAUCUAGCCGGGAUCAGCACGUGUCUAGGCUCCCUCAUAAGUACUGCAAAGAGCCAUAGCCAGAAACGAAGGAAAAAAAAUAACGACGCGGUGUGACAAGAUACGCCAAUCGACAGAUAUAAAUGCAUAUUUUAUUUUUAGCGUGGCAAUACUCCUCUACUUUUUACCCUUCGCAAGGGAGAUCAAAGCCAUAAAAGGACUUUUGGUUUGUUUGUUUUUAAUUUUUGAAAAUUAUAGUUUUGCAAUUUAAUUUUUUUUUUUGUAAUCGCAAGGGUGAUGGUUUUUAGGCAUUGAAAAACGGAUUUAAAUUGUGGAAGAACAGGUAGGGGAGGAAAACCAAUCAACUCUCCGCCCCGUAAUAAUUUAAGCAAAGUUUGAAUAUUCGAGAAUAUUGGUGGACUGGUUGGAUUCACAUGGGCGCCAUUGCCAGUAUCGUCUCAGGCUAAAGAUGGUCUUGUAUAGCUCUUUGGGUCGAAUGCAACUUGAGGGUUGCAUUAGCCCGAUGCACAUGGGACCCUGUAUGCAGAUUGUAUGCGCUGUGGAAAUGAAGAAUUGUACCCAGCUUCCCAGCUCCAUCGGUCACUCAUCCAGGCCUACCGGGUGUUCAUGUUGGACAUUGGAACAGGAGCCUACAGGCAAAACAAAGUCCAGUGUGCAAAUUGGAGAGUGAAGAAUUGAGUAGAUCUGAUGCAUUCAUUGGACUAUUCACAUGUAGGCUCAGGACAAAACUACACAUUACGCUAAUCGUGUCGCAUGUAACUCUUUUUUCUUCUCUUUUUAACUCUAGUGUAAGUGUAUGUGGCCCCAAUUCUGAUGGAGACCACUGUGUUUCGGGACAGGAGGGUUACAUCCCCA